GAUUUAUUGUUUUAUCAAAACAUGUAGAGAAAAAACGAAGAAAAAUUAUAAUCUCAAUUUUAGCCAUUUUAAACACUACAACAUUCUAUAGUUUAUGAGAAAAUAACUUUUUCACAGCGACAUAUAAAGUAAAUCUUGUUCACAUUAAGUAUUAAAACAGCCUUUUUAAUUACAAUUCAUAUUAUUUCUAUUUCAACAUUAAAACUUUUCCAUAAUUGUCUGUAUUACCAAAAUUAAAAAUCGGCUACUGGUAAAAAUAAAGUAGUUAAUGAAACAGCACUUAAUGCUAUGUUUAGAACAAAAGAGAUAAUUAUUAUGAGUAAGACAGCAAUAAUGGUAUUUAGAUCUAUUCGACGCAAUGCACUCGAAAGAUUUGAAUCGAUUAAAAGGAACAUGCGUCGUAUAAUUUAAUAAACUUCACAUAAGCGCAUGUGCCGGUAGAAAGUUGGAUGUUGAGAUGUCUGGAUCAGUAGAUUUAAGCAUAGACGUACAAAAAAAAUUUGUACAUACACUAUAUUCCAUUCCAAGAGACAUCUAAAUAUAACAAAUUGAUUCAUAAUACCAAGACUAAAGGAAUGUUCAUCUUUUAAUGUAGAAUUAUAUAUAAUUUGACGUUAUUGUCACGGUAGUAAAUAAUUAUAUAGAUUUGAAAAAAAUAGAGAUUUCUUGUUGCUUUGAUAAAUAGCUUGAAGUUAACAUAAUACACACUUUUGAUACGUAACCAUAAAAAAUUGAAAUAUAUUUGUCCUAGAUCCAACUGUUUAUUUUUAAUACUCCAAUUUCAUGUAAAGUUGAAAACUUGCGUUUAUCAUUAUAAAAUGAACAUUGUGGAAUAAGUAUUUGUAUUCACCAUUAUUAACUUAUACAGUCUCUAUAACAAUUGUUUAAACAUUAAUCAUUACAAUUUCGGAAAAAUCCGAUUUCAUUAUUUUAGGGACGUCUCUGAUUUUAUUAAUUUUUCGGCGGGAAUCGAUGGGCUUUGCUCGAAAGCGUAAACGUAAGCAUAGCGGCGUUGCCCAGACGAGACAUCGUGCCGCGCCGCGUCUAAAAAUCCUGAAACACGCUGUUUGAUCGUUAUCCCCGCUCACUUCCCUUCUCUCUCAUUCUAUCACAUUCGGUAGCUGGCUUGACUCUAUCCUCGAUCCCUCGACGCCGUUGCAGCAGUGCUCUAGGUUCAGAUUACAUAUUGAAACAAAGAAUGAUGAUUUAAUAUCGCGCGCACGUAUUUUCCAAUAUUUACAUCUUCCUAAUUGACUUAGUGUACUUCAAUAGUCAUGUAUGGAUAAACGUACAUGUAAAUGCAGACUGGCUCUCCGGUUCUGCUUUAAUUACUACAAAACAAAUAACACGGUGGUGAGUGUUAGUUGAAAUUUCAUUAAAAUUUCCAUUCACAGCAGCCUUAACGUGGAAGUGAGAUAGUUAAUAGUGUUAUAAGAUUCGAUAGAAUCAUUUAGUCAAUAUUUAAAGAAAAUAAAUAUUGUGUGAACAUUCCUCCUCAUAGCAUGGCCUCGGUCGCCGCUUGGCUGCCUUUCGCGCGGGCGGCGGCCAUAGGUUGGGUGCCCAUAGCUACACAUCCUUUACCUCCACCCCCUGUACCAAAAGACAGAAGAAAGGCCGAUGAUGAAAAGUUACUAAUUAAUGUGUCCGGGCGACGUUUCGAAACUUGGAGAAAUACAUUGGAAAAAUAUCCAGACACUCUCUUAGGAUCGAACGAAAGAGAGUUUUUCUACGAUGAAGAUGUUAAAGAAUACUUCUUUGAUAGAGAUCCCGAUAUUUUCAGACAUAUUUUGAAUUACUAUAGAACAGGUAAAUUACAUUACCCUAAACACGAAUGUUUAACAAGUUACGAUGAAGAAUUAGCAUUUUUCGGUAUACUUCCCGAUGUCAUAGGAGACUGUUGUUAUGAAGACUACAGAGAUAGAAAACGAGAAAAUGCCGAAAGACUUAUGGAUGAUAAACUCUCAGAAAAUGGCGAUCAACAUCUUCAGCAAUUAACGAACAUAAGACAAAAAAUGUGGAGGGCAUUCGAAAAUCCUCAUACAUCAACAGCUGCCCUAGUAUUUUACUAUGUAACAGGGUUUUUCAUAGCAGUUUCAGUAAUGGCAAACGUUGUCGAAACAGUACCAUGCGGUAGUAGACCUGGAGGUGCUGGUUCUUUGCCUUGUGGAGAACGUUAUAAGAUAGUGUUUUUCUGCUUAGACACAGCCUGUGUAAUGAUAUUUACGGCAGAGUAUCUUCUCAGGAUGUUCGCGGCACCAAAUCGUUAUAAAUUUGUAAGGUCUGUCAUGAGUAUUAUAGAUGUAGUUGCUAUUUUACCAUAUUAUAUAGGACUGGGUAUUACAGACAAUGAUGAUGUUUCUGGUGCAUUUGUUACUUUACGAGUAUUUAGAGUUUUCAGAAUUUUCAAAUUUUCAAGACAUUCACAAGGUCUUCGAAUUUUGGGCUACACACUUAAAUCUUGCGCUUCCGAAUUAGGAUUUCUUGUAUUUUCAUUGGCAAUGGCGAUCAUUAUAUUUGCAACUGUAAUGUUCUAUGCCGAAAAAAAUGUUGGGAAAACCUUUACGUCAAUUCCAGCAGCAUUUUGGUACACCAUAGUCACAAUGACCACGUUGGGUUAUGGAGACAUGGUACCGGCAACUAUAGCUGGAAAAAUAGUUGGUGGAGUUUGUUCUUUAAGUGGUGUCCUGGUUAUUGCUUUACCAGUACCUGUUAUCGUAUCUAAUUUUAGCAGAAUAUAUCACCAAAACCAACGAGCAGACAAACGGAAAGCUCAAAGGAAAGCGAGACUAGCUCGUAUUCGUAUUGCCAAAGCUUCAUCGGGAGCAGCAUUUGUUAGUAAAAAGAAAGCUGCGGAAGCACGGUUAGCAGCACAAGAAUCUGGAAUAGAAUUGGAUGACAAUUAUAGAGAAGAGGAUAUUUUCGAAUUACAACACCAUCAUUUAUUGCGCUGUCUAGAGAAAACUACCGAUAGAGAAUUUGUGGAGCUUGAGGUACCAUAUAAUGGUCAUCCAAAACGACCUGGCUCUCCAUCUCCAAUGGCCAGUCCAGCUCAUUCAGCCGUUUCAAUGGGACUUCUACAAUCUUGUUGUGGUCGUUGUUGCCCAAGAAGGUACCAACAAACCUGUGGGAAAUAUAUGCCCGCUGCAUCAGCAGCUCAAACCAACCAAACAGGAAGUGGUUUAGACGGAACAUAUUUAGUAGAAGCGUCAUUUUAAGACAUAUCACAUUUUGAUUCUUACAAAAUAGUAUUAUCAUACCAUCGGCCUAACAUCGUAAUGACGAACAUAGCCUAAAACUAGUGUUAUAAAAAAUUAUGUGAAGUGUCUUUUUUAGCGAAAGAAGUUGAAAGAUGCUUAAGCCUGCAAGGAACAGGAUUACAGAACCAUCGUUUUGUAGUUAGAUACGGACAUUAAUUGAGUCUAUUAUGUUGAAAUUUUAUUAAAUAAAAAUUCAAUUCAGCGUUUGUACGCUCGUACAAUUGGAGACAAACAUUAAUUUGAUAAUUUGCACAAAAUAUUUCUAGAAUUGAAAUAUUUUGUGAUAUGAACAUAUGCAGCAAUAGCUAACCAGUUUUGUAUUAUUUAAAAAUUAUAAGAAGAAUAACAUUCAUUAAUGACUUAAAUUGUAGUUUCGAGUGAAGCUAUUUCCUCUUAUCGAGCGAGACGUGUAAAAUUUAAAAUACAUUUUUACUGACGUAUACGCAUGUCUAUCUAAAAGUGGUAAUGAAAAUUGGCUCUCUGGUACUUAGGCUACGUUAGGGUAUUUUGAAGGGGUAAGUUCCUCGUAGAAAAUCGAUAGGAGUUCAUUAUAAUUAAUUAUAGGAAUAGUUUACGAACAUUCUUCGAAAACCAGCUUUCUGGCUGCUAGAAAUUAGCGUGAAUUUUAUUUGAAUCUACCUUAAAAAUGAUAUAUGAUCACUAUUCAUGACUAGAGCCGUUAUUACCGUAUUUUUAUUUAUUCUUGUUAUGUCCCGAUAUAUAUUUGAUAUAAUGUUUUAACUACGUGAAAAAAACUAAGGACGUCAUGUUCAAGUUACUUAAUUACGUGUCUGUUCAAGAUUAUAAAAAUCCAUAUGACUAAGAUAACAAUUACUUUGUCUGUGAUAGGAAAUCGCAAUUUUUCUCUCACGCCAAACCAUUAUUCGAGAAGUGUCCGAUUUCUGGAAGAUUGAGUUAAAAUUCAAAUGCAACUUGAAUCAGCUAACUAUAGAAAAUUUUAACUUGAAUUAUUGUAUCAUGAAAAACAAUCAUUAUCAAAAUGAAAGUCUAUGCUAUUUCAAAUAUGUCAUACAAAUAUACUAAACUGUUGCUAGAAGAUUUUGAACAGAUUUAAAGUUUGUAUUAAGCUGAAAUUCAAUUACUUCAACAAAUGUACUUUAAGAUAAUGUUAUUCUAUUUAUUUUUCAAAAGUACAAAAUCGUUUAUCAUUACCAUUGAUGAUAGAAAAGUACCACUUUUGUUCCAACUUUUUGCUAAUUUCAUGUUUCAACAAAAUUGUGUCUGUGGUUGAUAUUUUCAAAUUGUUUCUCGCCUUCUAAAUGUUUUUCAUUUUAGGUCUCUUAUGUUUUAAAAUUAGUGUUUUUUAAAUUAUUUUUUAAAAGAAUGAUAAAAAAAGCUAUAAAUGAUAAAAAAGACCUGAAUAUUUAAGUAAAAUUCAAAGCUCUAUUUUGGAAGUUCUAAUGAAACUACAAAUAAAUCAAUUGCUAUAUAUUUGAGAUGUAGAACUAAGGAAAAAUUCAUUUUUCUUAUUAAAACAAAUUUCUAUUUUUAUUUUAUUCUUAUUUUGAUAUUCAUGAUGUAGGUUGAUCUAUUGAAUGAUCUAUUGAAUUGAUUAGUAGUUGUGUUCCAUGGAAGAUUGUAAAUGUAAAAAAGAAAAACAUCGAUUUUGGUUUUGAUUUAUUUUGUAAGAUUUGAUGUGUACGCCAUUUCGUUUCAAGUUAAACAAAUUUGUCUUAUUGUUAUUUUUUAGUGAAAUUUAAAUUUGUUUAUUUUAUUUUAAGACAAAUUUUUGCCCUCAUUACUAAUGUCAUUUGUUGGUUUCAGCGCGAAAGGUAAUAUUUGGAUCAUGUAGACUGGUCUCUCCUCUAUUAUCCAAAAGACGACUUCGCUUAUGUGAUUUUUUCCCGUUUCUGAAAUUUUUACUGAUAUUUGUGUUAGAUCUUUUGUUCAUACUGGGCUGGUUACUUUUUAUGUAGAAGGAUUCUAAAAUUACUCUUUUAUUGUAUUUAUUUUCUAUACCCAAAAUUUUGGCUUCUCUUUUGUGGCUUGUAUUCAUUACAUGUUCUGAUAGGUCGCAAUUACGUCAAAGAUUCUGCAAUCACACAAUUGGUGUUGUGUGAUGCGUUGUUGUGAAGUUCGAGAGGUUUGGCCUGUGUAUUUCUUAUCACAAUUCAUACAAGGAUUAUUGUAAAUGUAAUUUUUCUGUUGUGAAGGUUCUUCUUUUUAUUUUAUUUUUGAUUGAAUUUUGUUGAUUGUUAAAAUAUUUUUUGUAACAAUGUUUAUGUUUUCUUUUUGAGCAUUUAUGGAAUUUUUUGUGAUAAUUGGCCUAGUUGUGGUACGAAACCGUAUCUUAGUGUGGGGGUUGUUCCAGUGUUUUCACUGUUGCUCUACAUGUUAUUGAUUACUUCAUUUGUGAUAGUGUUCCAUAUGAUUUUUAGAGGAGAUUUUUUGCAUAGCUGUUUUCUAUAAGAGUUUGAUGUUUAGCUUUUUGUUUUUUCAGAGUGGAUGACUUAGUAUGUUUAUUCUGUUUUUCAGUACUAGGAUCUGAUUUGUUUUCAUAUUCAUAGGGUAAUGGUAAUUUAUGGAUCGUCCCAAGUUGGAGGGUAUGAUGUACCAGUUGUGAGUCGUCAUUUCUUGUGCUCAUUUUGGUGCAUAGAAAAGAAACAAUUUAGCAUAGAAGAAGGAACCAAUAGAGAUGUACCUUUUCCUGUUUCCUCUUGAAAAUAAGUGUAUUUUAUUAUUGGGAACGUAGCGAGGAAACACCAAAACAACCUAGUAUAUAUUCCGAUCUUUCGAAUACUUAUGUAUUCAUCACCUGGUAAAUUGUAUUAAUUCAACUUGAAAAUCAUGAGAUUCAAAAUUUAAUAUUCAAAAUGACGAAUAAUAGAGUGAAUUGUGUUGAUUGCUAGAAUAAUUUUGGUUGCGAUUUUUAUGUUUUAAUUUUUGAGCUUUUGUUGAAUAUUUCAUGAUAAUAGUUGUAGUAUGGAAACAUAUCUUAGCGUGGGGGUUGUUUCAGUGGUUUCACUGUUGCUCUGGAUAUCAAUCAAUAUUUCUAUCAUUUUGAAUGUUAAAUUUUGAGUCCCGUGAUUUUCAAGUUGAAUUAAUGUAAUUUAAAGCCACCGCAAAUUUUAAUUAAUUAUUUUCCAGACGAUGAAUACAUAAGUAUUCGAAAACUCGGAAUAUAUAUUAUUUAGUUAGUCUACUUUGGUGUUUCAUUGCCACAUUCCCCAAAAGUAAACGCUCAUCUCCAGCUCGCAAAGACUUCGUUACCAUUAUAUUAAAUGACAUUGGCUUCAGGUCAACUAAUUCUUAUCGCAUCUGAAUUUUCCAUUUCUCAUAUUUGUAAUGGCCAAUUAACAAACUUUUUUAUAGAUGCCCUGACAUGUUUGAGUUUUAUAUUAAUCGUAACUAUUUUGAAUGUCAGUAUUGGCAAAUUUCGAUAGAAAUGAAGACGAUCGUGAAUGCACGGGUGUCACAGGUGGGGGAAAAUCUUUCAUUUUUAGUUAAAAAUUACAUUUGAUCAAAUGUAAACAAUCUGGGGCUACAUGGUGUUAAAUUUCUGGAGUAACGACGUUAUAGUUUGAAAUAUUAGUCAAAAUAUUUUUGGAAAACUGUUAGGGAUUAUUAAGUGAAGUAUUGAAGGGUUUGAGUUAUAUGUUGGGAAAAGAAUGGGAUCGGAAAAUUCUAAGCGCAGACAAUAGAUAUUAGUUGAAUAAAAAGUUUUAAAAUUUUUUGGAAAAGAAUUUUUCUUGUCAGUAAUUUUUUUAACAAGGAAUAGAGUCUAUAAUAUUUCCCUCUUAAGCAAUCUUUCUUCCAAAUACAGAUAUUAUCGGAGACUACUGGAGACUACUUUUAUGUGACUUUCUGAGAUUUUUCUUGUAUUAAUUUGAUCUUCAUAAUCCAUUUUUGCAUUGGAAGGUGAUUACUUUUGUUAAAUCAUAACAAUCAUACAAAUAAUCACAUAUUUAAUUGAACAAACUAUUUCAAGUUAUACUAUUAAAUGAAUAAAUUUAAAUGUUAUAUAACUUACGUUUACUAACAAUUGUAUGCUAUGAAUAAUGUUUAUUGAUUUUUUAUAAGUUAAGAAUUUUGUUAUUUUCGAUCAUCUGGAAAUAUUUCAAAUUAAAAAACGAAAUGAAAAA